UUAGAAUAUAUAUAUAUAUAGUGAGAAUUAGAACUUCUAAUUAGACUAGUAGGUUCACGACGGCUGACCUUGGGGAACGGAAUGGGCAUCGGCACCGGUGGUGACGGGAACCUAAGCAGCAUCUGGACACCGGGCGGUAAGAUGACCAUGACCGCCAUGAUUAUCGUCACCGCCCUCUUCAUCCUUCUCUUCUUCCACUUAUACUCCCGCCUUUUCCUCCGCCCUCGCGAACCCUAUUCACUGCCUCGACCGCCGGUGAUCCGCCGUCGCCCGCUCAUCUUCGUUGAGACCCGGCCAUCAACGAUCCCCUCCUAUGAGCCUCCGCGAGGCCUAGAUCCGAUCGUCAUCGAAUCGAUCUCCCCAGUCGUCGUCUUCCACAACGACGGCGAGAUCGGGAGCGUGUGCGCUGUGUGUUUGGGCGAGAUUGAGGAGGGAGAGCUCGCUCGGAUCGUCCCCAAAUGCGGCCAUGGAUUCCACGUUGAGUGCAUCGAUAUGUGGCUUGCGUCGCACGCUACUUGUCCUCUUUGCCGCGCCGCUGUGGAGCCAAUCGGGAUGCGAGGGUUAGGAAUCGAUUCGAAGGUUUCGGGGGGAGGAGUUCAUCCCGGCGGCGAUACGGUGGCGCCGGAGCUGGAUUUGGAGCGGGGGAUGGUGGCGGAGUGGGCUCCGCCGGUGACGGCGCGAAGAGAGAGAGUGAGAUGAGAGAAUUUGUCUUCGUUUCUUAGGCGCGAAGGAUUCAUGUACUGUGUGCUGCGAAUCUUAAAGCGAAGUAUAUACGGUUGUGAUCUUCUUUAAUAUAUAUUUUUAU